AUGCGAAUUUUAUACUUAUCGGUAAAGGAUUUCUUCAAUCUCAAUAGCUUGACUUCCUUUUUCUUAUUCUUACUUUAUUUUUAGGCUAUGCGACUAGUGUUGUUGACUGGUGUUGUUGAUUUUUUCAGUUGGUUUUCCAAGUGCUCUUAGCCCUAAUGCCGAUUUAUGUCCUAUCGCACGACCUAAGCUUACACCAGGCAACAAAUACCACGGACAAUGGAAACACUUCCACAGCAGGUAGCUCGGGAAUGUCUAAGCAACCAUUGAAAAUUUUAAUAAGGACACACGUCAACGAGAGACCACCAGUGUUUUUGACAAAGGAACCAACAAACACGAAACAAGUGAUUCUGUUUUGUCGAGUUGGUUUGUUCUUGCAGGUGGACGAUAAUGGAACGAUUUCAAGCUCUCUGAAUCAAAAUAGCGAAAACGGUAAGUAUAUCUGAAAUAUUCCUUUAUAAGUGCCUUAACUCAAUUUUGUCAUCAAGCGGUGAUGGAACUGUCCAUUCUACUGUAAAACUAACUAACUCUUGCUAUCGACUUAGUAAAUAACGUUUUCGUUAAUUCGAUGCUAUUAGUUUUAAGUAUUUGCCAAAUCAGUGAAUGGCUGGCAGUUUGCGAGUGCGUUUUCAUUGGCUCCAGUAACUCAAAAUUUCCAUGGCCAUUCCGAUGCCUUUGGCCGCUUUAAUUGGCCGGGAAGGGGGUCAAAAUGGAUUCUCGUUUCGCGACAGUUUCGGAGGACAAAAUUUUAGCCAUAAACUGAGUUGUAAUGCAGUUCAGCUAUGCCAUCAAUCAACAAAAAAGUGGAAAAAUUUGGUUCGUGAAUGUUUAUUGGUAGAUGGAAAAUUAUUUUUUAGUGUUAAGAAUAUAUUUGGCAGAGUUUGUCUCAAAAAGGGGAGGAAAGUACAAAAUAUUAUUUAUUUUUGCUUGAAGAUCAGAGAGCCUCAAAAUCAUAUCGACUUUCACUUAGUUUUUAAAAAACAGUGAAAUCUGUAAAAAGACUCACGACUCUUAGCCAGUGCCUUCGUUAUUGAAGAAUUCUUUACGUCACUUAUCAGUCCAGGGGCGGAUCCAGGAUUUUUUUUAGGAGGGGGUGCACUCGUCUCUUCCAAUAAACCACAUAGUUUUUUUGCAGAAUACCAGUUGUGUUAGAAAACCGCAGGUCAUCUCAGGGGGGUGCGCACCCCCUGCACCCUCCCCCUAGAUCCGCCCCUGCAGUCAUUCCUUCUGAACAAUGUUUUACUUACCCAAUGCUCAUUUCCUGGGUUCCAGAAAUAUUUUUCUAAGAUGCAACUAUUUCAUAACAGUUGUAUCGCCUCAGUUUUUCCGCCUUGAAGUAUGAAAUGACUAAAAUCUUAGGAUCGCUGGGGUCAGUGGCACAUCAAACGUACCUUCAGAUAAAGUUGCUAACGCGUGCGGUUAAAAUAAAACGUUUAAACGGGCUAAACAUACAAGGAAGCGUUUACUUCCGACGUCAAGAUUUAUGCAACCUGGGUCCCUGAUCUGUGCCUUAAACAAAAUAAUCGAAAGCUUGAAGAAAGGACAUGUUGAAUCCUAACCGAUACAUAAACCUUGGAUUCUUUGGAAUUGUCUGAAGCCUUUUUCUGGUCAGCAGUACCGCUGGGACGAGCUGAGGAACAGACCAUCUCAAAACUGUAUGAAACCGGAUGUCCUAUUUGGUGCUAUAUGCACUUCCUGUACCCAAGUAGGUGCUUCUGGUAGCCAUUACCAGAGCAAUAGUCAGGCGUUCCGUGUGGUUUCGGAGCAAAUGAUUUUCGGUUUUGGCCGCGCGAAAAAUGGAACAGAAGCCAAACAGUGAUGUCUUCGAAGUUGAUUUAAAAGGCGUGGUACCCUGCGACAAGUCUCGCAUUUUCUUCUAAUUCAAAGCCUGUUAUGAAAGAAUUGCAAAAGGGGGGUACUCGGAGAAAAAGAGCUUCCCAAAACCCUUACCCCUGAUUUUCCCUACCCUAUUUAUGACCUAACAAAAAUUUGAUACCCUAUUUAUGACCUGACCCUUAAAUCAAUACCCUGUUUCAGACCUGCCUUAUAAUUAUUUCCCUAGUUCAGAUCAAUGUUAAAGGCAAUGUUUAUCUGCUUUUAUUAGGUUAGGGGGACGUCUUUUGCAUUCAAGACUACAGUGCAAAAAAUCGUUACCCUAUUUAUGACCAAAAUGGCGGCAAAAUAGCCAAAACGACCAAAACGGCUGAAAUACCUAUAUAGCCCAUAUCAGGGAGUACCCCCCCCCGGGUUGCAAACGCAGACGUAUUUCCGGUCGUCUUUUGACGUGAGAGAAGCGACGACCGGAAAUACGACUGCAUUCCCAGGGUCCUUGUCAAGAGGUUAAUUUAAAGUAAAUAGACAAAUUAUUUCACCCCUUCAAUUUCUUUCUAAAUGACCCAUAACAGUUUAAAAAUUAAUUGACUGAAUUGUCAAAGUAAUCGGUAUCUUUUAUGGAGGUAACCAAAGUGAUACCUGUUUUUUUAUUAUCAUUAUUAUUUUGCAGUGAAGUUUGAGUUACAGUCCUUUGGAACAAGUAUAUUGCGAAUCCUAAAUAUUGCAACUGGGAAAUAUCUUGCCAUGGAUUCUAAAGGAAUGUUGCAAACAAGAGUACGUCUGCCGAUUUUGUAUGCUUUACUUUUCUUUCUUAACUUCUUUACUUGUCUUGAAGUUGUUUCGUUCUUUAAUGUUUUAUUUUUUCACAAGUCCUUUAUUCAGUUCAGUUUUGUAUUAAAUUUUUGCGAAAUUUGCUCUGCAGACAAUGCGCCUGCAUUUGAGGAGAAGACAUGCUACUAACCAAAUGAAAUUACCUACAACAGAGCAAGCAGCAGUGUCAAAUGAAAGUUGGCCUUUCAUUCGCUAUUUUAUUUAUUUAUUUUUUCCUGGAAACAAUUUCCCCUGGAAAGUCGCGAGACCUCCCAAGAAGGCCCAGAAUGUUUCAGAGAUUUCCUGCAAAAAAGCUCCCUUAAUUAAAAAUUCCGAAAAAUUUGUAAAAACGCCUAAAAUUCGGGAAAAAAUCAAGUAACAUUCUCUAUACCAUUAUCCUCAUAUUUUUUGGAAUUCUGGCAGUUUCAAGUUUAUAUCAAUAUAUAUAAAAUCACACUGAAGAAAAACACCGACAGCCUUAGUUGACCUCGAAAAAAGCAGCAAAUCCGUGAUCUUAGUUAUUCAAGAGUCCUCAUAGCCUGCGAAAACAUUCGUUUCUCCUCGCUCUUCGCCGCCGGGGACGUUUCGCGUAAAACGUCCCCAUCGACGAAGAGCGAGGAGAAACGGAUGUUUCCGCAGGCUAGCCCCUCAAUGGGUUGUUCUGAUGAGAUAUAGGGUGCUUGCAAUUUACACAAACUACCCGCUGGGUGGAAAUCUUGUACAUAAACAAAUUAACUCUACACAGAUUAAAGGGGUGCAAAAAUUGCAUCGCCUCAAAUCACAGCCCGUAUUUUCUGAAGCUUUCCAAAUGGAAUGGUGGGAACCAUACGGCUAAAUGUAAUAGUGUUUUGCCCAGAACACCCUAAGUGAGACCAAAAUCCGAAAUUUACACCCCUAAGCGAGACGACGAGCAUUCACCCCUGGGAACCAUUGUUUCCCACCGCAAUUUCCGGUUUUCCCAUAAGUACCCUAUAAAUUGAAGGGAAACUGCUGUUGAUCCUACAUCAGUCUCUGGAAGAAUGCAUGAGCCCUCCAACUUGGUCAGCGGGAAAACCCUGAACUGGUACUGUUCAACAGAAAAACGUCAACUGAAAGCUUCUCUGAAAUUCUACUUAUCGUCUCUGAAUUCCCAGGGCUUUAUAAAAUUAUUUUUGGGGUCUAAAAUGCUCAAAAAAGCAGCCUUUUUUUCAAAGCCUUUAACUUCAAUUUACUAGAAAUUGUGUUUCUUUGGUUUGUAAUAGCGUGUUCGUGGAUUUAAUUUUAAAACGUCUCAAAACAAUUUUCAGACCACUUCCGUCUGGGAAAUUCUCCAGUUUCGUUGAAACGACGCCGCCAGGCACAUCUCGGUUAGGAUACCGGCGUUUCUCGACUUCUCGGCUAACUUUGAGAGGCGUGGCUUACGAGAACCGUUUCAACGCAGUUUUCAGACUUCGAAAACAACUACAAGAGAUAUGAGCAUUUUGAAUGUAUGUAAGUAAGUUUUAUUGGGUACUCAUUUCUUUCGUUUUCUCCGCAGGAAAAUGCAACCAACGAAUGUUUGUUUUAUCAACACCAUGAAGAGAAUUCAUAUGUAUCCUUCGCAUCCUUCAAGUAUUACAUGAGAGAACUUUAUGAUAUGUUCAUCGGCAUCAAACGUAAUGGGGAAGUAAGAAAAGGUACAACAACAUUACCAGGACAAGAUUCAAAUCUGUUCCUUCCUCUUAAUUUGGGUAAAUGGAGAAAUUCAAGAAACGACAAGUUUUGA